AUGAAGUGCAAAUGCUUUAUAAAGGAAGAAAGUGAUCUCAUUGAUGCAAUAGAGGAAAGUGAUUUCAUCAUUACUAGUGACAAUGAUGAUGCUACUAACGAUGAGAGUGAUUCCAUUGUUAUUAGUGAUGAUGAUGCUAUUAAGGAGGAAAUUGAUUCCAUUGUUACUAGUGAUGUUGAAGAAGCAACUAAAGAAGCAAAACCUGAUGUAGUAUCCUUAUCUUUUCUUGAGAAAGAUGAUUCAUUUCUUUCUCCUUGGAGUUGGAACCCUGAUAAUGAUUUCAGCAAUGACAAUGCCUCCACUAAAGAAAAAAAAUACAUUGUAUUUUUUUCAUCUUGA